CCUAUUGGGACGAGGCCCUAGUAGCUCCGCCCAUACAGGAAGCUAUUUUUAAAACAAGGGUUUUGGACAACCGCAUAUUAUCGUACAACUGAACGCUCUUCAGAUUGUGUACUGCUUCUGACUUUGGUCUGCUCGUUAGUGUGGUCGUAUGAGGUUUUGGAUGUUGCCAGGAUUCAAGGUUGAGAGGAGCGUCUGUGGCGUUGUGUACACGUGACGUCGUCAGCUGAGACUAAUGCAGAAGCUGCCUUGAAACUUUCAGUCGGCACCAUUAGUGUAUUGGUAUGCUGAGGAGACCGGUACGGAAUUGGGCUUCAAUUUGGAAAAGACCAGUAAGGCUAAUAAACUGCCAGAAGAAGACAGGCAUGGCUCGUCAGUUGCACGCUCGAAGGCUCGAGGGAGUCGACAAGAACAUUUGGGUCGAGUUUACACAGCUAACUGCUGAUUAUAAAGCGGUGAACGUGGGUCAGGGAUUCCCUGACUUCUCUCCUCCAAGCUUCAUCCAAGAGGCUUUCUGCAGUGCCAUUACUGGAGGCGCCUCCAUGCAUCAGUACACACGAGGCUUCGGCCACCCAGCACUUGUCAAGAUCCUUGCAAAGUUCUUUGGGAGGAUUGUGGGCCGGGACAUUGACCCUAUGGAGGACUUCCAGAUUACUGUGGGAGCAUAUCAGGCUCUUUUCUGCACCUUUCAGGCUCUGAUUGAUGAGGGUGAUGAGGUGAUCAUUGUGGAGCCUUUCUUUGACUGUUAUCAGCCAAUGGUCAAGAUGGCUGGGGGAACACCUGUCUACAUCCCGCUAAAACCUAGAAAAUCCACUGGCCCAGCUUUGUCCAGUGCAGAUUGGGUUUUAAGUCCUGAAGAGCUAGCUAGUAAUUUAAAUCCUCGCACGAAAGCUAUCGUCAUCAACACUCCUAAUAACCCAUUAGGCAAAGUUUAUCAAAGGGAUGAGUUGCAGAUGAUAGCUGAUUUCUGUAUAAAGCAUGAUAUUAUUUGCAUAAGUGAUGAAGUCUAUGAAUGGUUGACGUAUGAUGGAGCACAACAUAUAAAAAUAGCUAGCCUACCUGGCAUGUGGGAGCGCACAGUUACUAUUGGAAGUGCAGGCAAGAGCUUCAGUGCCACAGGAUGGAAGGUGGGUUGGGCAAUGGGACCAGGAAACAUUAUAAAGCACUUGAAAACCAUCCAUCAGAACUCUGUGUACCACUGUGCCACUGCUGCUCAGGAGGCUGUGGCAAUGGGCUUUCAGAGGGAAUAUGACACGUUUGGCACAGAAGACAGCUACUUUAAACAAUUACCUGCACAACUCCACAAGAAACGCCUCAGGCUGGCUGAGUGUCUGAGGAGUGUGGGUCUGGAGCCCGUCAUGCCCCAGGGUGGAUAUUUCAUGAUCACAGACAUCUCCAGUCUUCAGGUUGACCUGAAUGACCCCAGUACUAAGGACGAACCCUAUGAUUUCAGAAUUGUCAAAUGGCUUAUCAAAGAGAAGGGUUUGGCCACUAUUCCUGUGUCUGGGUUUUACAGCCCAGAACACAGAGGCAACGUCCAGAACUACAUCAGGUUCUGCUUUGUCAAGGAGGACUCAACCCUGAAAGCAGCAGAAGACAUUAUACGACAGUGGAGUGUCAAAAAAUGAGCGUUGGCCAUUUCUAAGAGAUAAAGAUGAUGAUGAUACUGAUUCCGUCCAAACUUGGCUCUGCACAGCAUGUGUGACUCAGCAUGUGAAACAUCAAAAUAUUUCCCAAGAAAUGCUUGGUUUAGAUCACAUACCCCACUGAAGAUGAAUAUUGUUAAUAUUUGACAGAAUUGUUUAAAUGAAGUCAGAAUAUGUUGCUGCUUUUGUUCUUCUUGUCCAACAGCUUGCAUAGUUUAAUAGUUUUUGUUUCGGACUAGAAACUAGGCAUAUGUAACUUCAAAACUUUUUUGCAUCAUUUGAUGUGACUGUAAUGUGUAUCAAAAUGAAAAAUUGUUACAUUUCAGAAUAUUUACAGAUAGACACAGAUACUGGCCAAACAGCCUUUUAAAUCUUUCAAAAAUGUUUUUUUUUUUCCUGAAACAUUUGGUUGUGUUUUCUGAAUAUUUCUGAAGACACUCUGUGGGAGCAGUGGUACCAUCCUCAAGAUGUAUUUGUACAUGCAGACCCAGCAUAUUUUCUCCGGCCCUGUAAAAUCUACAGUUGGCUUCUAGACUGCUGCUUAGGUGGAAUAUGGGGAAAAGUGUACUGAUCUUGCCAACAGAAGGAGCUAUUAGCCUUCAUUGAGUAGUAAAGUAAACUCUAAAUUAUACUGAUUUUUAAGAACAAUCAAAUGAUUGUGGUGAUUUAAAAAGUACACACUACAAUUAUAAACUUGCUUGGUGUUAUUUUGAUGUUUCUGAAUUGUUAAUUCAGUGUUUUAAAAGAGAUAUUCUUGAUUUUGAAGAGAUUUUGAAAUUUCUUUUCCUGGAUUUUGCAUGUUUCCAUUUUGUUGUAUUACUGAAACUACUUCUGGUCAAACUAGCCCAUCCAGCAUCUUAACACAUAUAAAACGGUAGCAGUGUUUAUAUAUCCAUUUAGAUGCAUUAAAACUACGUCAGUUAUGAGGUUUAUUGUAGUUAAAUAUAUCAUUACUGUGAAUAAUCAAAUGCACUCCAGGAGAGAAAUCAACCUCAUAGUGUUCAUGCACAUCACUUGUGUAAGCCUGUUUCUGGUCAGUGUGUAAGCCACCUGUUAUUUAUAUAAACUGGAUGGAUUAAUUAGUUAAAGUCUUUGGGUUUUUCUACAGCAGAAGUGUUUAUGAGUAGGUAACAUUACUUGCCUAUAACAGCUUCCCCUUGCCUUCCAAAAACACCCCUCUUUGCAACCGUAAAACAAAGAGAUUGGAAUAUUUUAAUGAACGUUUUGGUGUGAACGUUUUUCUUAUAUAUAUGAUAAAUAAAAGCAAGUGAUUGGGAUGUUGA